GACGAAUCUUUUUAGUUAAAGAUCAAAAUUUAAAUAUAAAAGAAACAGAAUGUCUGGACAACCUCAUUUCAAGUAAAGAAGCAUUCUAAUAUAUAGUUUUCUAAAUAUGUCAAAUUUUGGGAUGUUAAAUCCCCCAAACACUUAAAUAGCUUAGGUAUAUGAGAAGCCAAUUAGAGAUGCUGUGGAUAGUGUGCAUUUAUAAAAAUUAGGAAAAAAACAACUAUAAUAAAUUGCAAAAGAACUGAAUAUACCUGAUAAAAAAAAAAAAGAAGAAAUUAUAGCCUAGAUUCCUAAAUAGCUUCUAUAGAUUUUGAUAUAAGCUGAUCCAUCCAGACCUGUAGACUAAAUUAUUCAACACUAACCAAACCUAUUAAACAACGAGACUAUAAUGUCUAUAUUAAAAAAGUUUUAAGAAAAAAUAAUCAAUAAAACAUCAUAAUACUAACAAUAACCUCAAAUGCGAGGAGCAGUUAAUAUCCCAUAAAUUGUACCUAAUAUGUCUAACCCUUAUCUCAAUUAUGUAUAAAAUUUGAUUUAUUAUAAGAUGGUCCUCCCAUAAUCAUAACAAGCUCAAUAAUAAUUAUUAGCAUAAUAUCCUCCAAUUAUGAAUAUGAAUCUUUAUCAAUAGUAAAUCAGGUAAAAUCCCUAGCAGUAAUUUUACUAUCAAUAUAAUAGUAUGUAUUAUGUAAUAUUUAGAUCAAUGGAAUGACCCACUUGUUGUUCCUUAAAAUGAAAUGUAACAACUGCUAAUGUGUCCAUGUAAGUAAGAAAAUUCUUAAUAUUCAAAGAAUCAUUCCCGCCAAAAGACUAACAAAUGAGGAAGUUAAAUGCAUUAAUUGCGAUAAUAAACUACAUAUUUCCUGUUUAAAAUUACAACCCUAAGACAUAAAGAUGUUUGAGUGUCCAGUUUGUAUAUUAAGUAAAAUAGAUCCACUCAAUUAAAUAAUCAAAGUUUUAACCAAACCAAUUUUGAUGAAUACUUAGUCAAUCACUCAUAAUUUUUUUCUUACAAAUGAAGAAUAUCAGUAUAAUAAAUAUGUUUACAAUUAGUCAAUUAUAAGAUCGAUCAUUUUAACACUAAGUUGAAUUAAGAUCAAUUAGAUUGGAUGCUAAAUACAUGAAUGAGAUUACCUGGCCUGAUUUUUGUGAAAUAUAAAUGAAUCAAUAGCGUUUGAUUGAAUUUAAACCACUUAAAUCUAAUAGCAGUCUUAAAAAAAGAAAAGAUGAAAUUUAUAUAAUUCCUUUACAGCAUACCAAUUUAACCUUAUCCCUUAAAUCAGGCUAUAAUUAAAUUGUAAUUAAGGAAGGUCUAAAUUAUUAGGAACCCAAGUCUUAAUUUAAAUUAUGCGAAGAGUAUUACUUUGUACUUAUUUUUAGUGGAGUUUAUGCAUAGGCUAUUUAUCUUACGAAGAAACGACCUCAUUAAGAAUUGAUUAAUCAAAUCAAAUAGAAUAAAGAAUCUAUUAAAACUAAAGAAGAGUGUAUUCAACUUAUUUAAAAAGCAUGUGUCUCUGAAAAAACUGACAAUGAUGUAUAGAUAGAUAAAAUAACUAUUAAAGCAUCACUUAAAUGUUAAUUCGAUUAUCAAAUGAUUUAAGUAAAUUAUUAUUUAUUUAUUAUUAGACACCUGCUAGAGGAAGGUUUUGCAAUCAUGUAUAAUGUUUCUCUCUAGAAAACACUAUUACUAUUAAUGCAGGAACUUCAAGAAAAUGGAAAUGUCCUGUUUGCAAAAAAAAGAUUUUUGAUAUUAUUAUAGAUCAAUACUAAUUGCAAUUACUUGAAUAAUAUAGAAAUAAUAAAGAAAAUAUUAAGGAAGUAGUCUUUGAUUAAAAUGUAAUUACUAUUUAUUUUUAUUCUUAGGGAUAAAUUGUGUAAGAAAUCAAAGAAGAAUUAGAAGAAUCUGAAGAAGAAUAAAUUAGUAUUAAUAAAUAAAAUCUAUCAGAAGAAUAACAAAAAUUAACACUUUCAUAAUCAUUACCUGAUUCUUCACUUCUCUCUAGAUAUAUUUUACUUAAUCCUGCAGCUACUAUUAUGUAAUUGUAAUUAUAUUAAAAAUAAUUUGGACAAAUUACUGCUUUGCAAUAAUAACAACAACAAAUCUAAUAAUAGUAGUAGUCAUAAAAAGAUAAAAAUGAAAACAUCAUUUCUACUUAAAAUAAAGCUUAGUUAAAAUAAUUAGUUGAAUCUAAUUUGUCUAACAUUGAAGGAAAAUUAAAUUCUUUAUAAUCAUAAUUAUCUUCUUAGACAAUCACUAAACCUAAAUUCAUCAAAUUCAAAAAAUUUGAAACUUGGGUAGAAGAAUUUUCAUAAUAAGAACUUGCUUAAAAGAAUUUAGAAAAAUAGAUAAAUGAAUAAUAAUUAAAUGAAGAAUAAUCAAAUUUAGAAUUAAAAUAAUCAUUGUAAUAAUAAGAUUAACAAUAAUAAUAAUAAUAGUAGUAGUAGUAGGAAUAAUAAUAAUAGUAGUAGGAAUAAUAAUAGUAAUAAUAAUAAUAAUAAUUAUAGUAAUAGUAAUAAUAAUAAUAAUUAUAGUAAUAGUAAUAAUAAUAAUAAUAAUUAUAGUAAUAGUAAUAAUAAUAAUAAUAGUAAUAGUAAUAAUAAUAAUAAUAAUAAUAAUAAUAAUAAUAAUAAUAGUAAUAAUAAUAAUAAUAAUAAUAAUAAUAAAAUUAAAGUAUAGAAAAUGAUAAACCAAUAUAAAAGUCUAAUAGAUUAAAAGAAAGGAUGGUUAGAAUUAUUAAAAAAUAAUUUUCAGAAUUUAUUAGAAAGAAUUUUGCUAAUAAUAAUAUGAAUGUUACUACUGAAAAUAAUAUUAAAAAUCCUUAAUAAACAUAAUAAUAGUAAUAAUAAUAAUAAUAAAGUGCUACAAAGAAAUAUGUCUAUAAAUUCUCUGAAGACAAACCUAAAAUUAAUACUUGUACUCAAUUCACUAAAAUGUUGGCUGAUCAAAUUAUAAUGUAAAAUCCUGGAUAGAUUGAAAAGCAAAAUGAAGAUUUAAAAACUUUAGGAGAAGAGUAAUUAAAAUAAUUCUAAUUUUGUCUUCCUUAAGGAUUUUCUGCUUCAUAAAGUGUAUUUCAAUAAUCAUUAAUCAAUUAAAAAUAAUAAGAAUCUAGCGCUUUAAUUUAAAAAGCAUUAAGUAAUUAAAAUCCCCCAAUAGGAAUAUAAUAAUAGUAAUAAUAGUAACAAUAGACAUAAUAAUAAUUAUUAUUAUAAUAAUAGCCACAAUAAUAAUAGUAAACAUAAGUUCCUUAAACUAAAAUGAAAGAAAAACCUUUACAAAAAUUAAAAUCUCCUCAACCCAACAGUAAUAAUGAGGAUAAAAAUGGAAAAGAUAUGGAAAAUCCAAUUUGUAUAGAUUGA